CUUUUUAAGAUUUCCUGUUUCCCCUACAGCUAGAGAAAGGGAGCGACUCGCACAUGCACGUCAGAAGUACCCAAGCCGCAACUACUCCCGCUGCCUCCGCUGGGGCCUCUUUUUUUCUCCCAUCCCACGUUUGCUUCAGAGCUGCUUCGUAGUCUUUCACCCUAGCCUUCCUCCCGCCUCCCCUCGUCCCCCGAGUUGUCUCGGCCAGGCUGUUUCUUAUCCCGUGUCUGCAGGCCGCCUCAGGGUGGAGGGAGAUAAAAUGAGCUGGAUUUCUAAGCACAUUUUGUUGUGGACUCUUCUGCACAAUACGGCUCACCCGCUGGGACGGGGAACAGCUGAAUAUCGUGAACAUAACCUCUUCAGUGGUGGAUUCAAAAUGGGGAAACUGUGCAAAUUUUGUGAUGUUAAAUUGACAACCUGCAUCAAUGAAGGUCAUUGUUGCAGUAACUGCAACAUCACUUCUAUUUGCGAACACAAAAAUGAAAUCUGUGCAGCUAUUUGGAGAAAGAAUAAUGGGAACAUAACUCUAGAAACAAUAUGCCAUGAUCCUACGCUAGAGCUCCAUGGAUACAAAUUGGAUGAUUUCAAUUCAAAAAAAUGCUUCAUGAAAGAGAAGAAAGGAGCUGGAGGAUUGCUAUACAUGUGUUCCUGCAAAGAUGAUGAAUGCAAUGAUGAAAUUAUUUUUUCAGAAAAUACCACCUCAAGUACAGAAGUAAAAUAUGUGAUUGCUUUGGUUGCAGUUAUAUGCCUUGUCCCAUUGCUGGUGAUCGCCAUUGCUGUAAUCAUUAUCUUUUACUUCUACCGUGUUCAGAGGAGGAGGAAACUCAACAAGGCAUGGGAGAAAAAUGUGAAGUCCAGGAAGCACAAAGACUGUAGUGACGUUUGUGCCAUUAUGCUGGAUGAUGAUCGCUCUGACAUCAGUUCUACUUGUGCUAAUAAUAUUAACCAUAAUACCGAAUUACUGCCUAUUGAAUUGGACACUUUGGUAGGCAAAGGGCGAUUUGCAGAAGUCUAUAAGGCUAAACUGAAACAAAACACAUCAGAACAGUUUGAAACUGUGGCUGUGAAGAUCUUCUCCUAUGAAGAAUAUGCCUCCUGGAAGACAGAGAAAGAUAUCUUCUCUGACAUAAAUCUAAAACAUGAGAAUAUCCUACAGUUCCUUACUGCAGAGGAGCGCAAGACAGAUCUAGGCAAACAAUACUGGUUGAUCACUGCUUUCCAUUCAAGAGGCAACUUGCAAGAAUACCUCAUAAAACACAUCAUUAGCUGGGAGGAUCUCUGGAAACUGGGUGGCUCUUUGGCUCGCGGGAUUGCCCAUCUUCAUAGUGAUCACACACCAUGUGGUCGGCCCAAGACACCAAUUGUCCACAGAGAUCUGAAGAGUUCUAAUAUCCUGGUAAAGAAUGAUCUGGCUUGCUGUCUCUGUGAUUUUGGGUUAUCACUAAGGCUGGAUCCUACUCUCUCUGUUGAUGACCUGGCUAAUAGCGGGCAGGUUGGUACAGCAAGAUACAUGGCUCCUGAAGUUUUGGAAUCCAGAAUGAACUUGGAUAAUGUUGAAUCCUUUAAGCAAACUGAUGUGUAUUCCAUGGCUUUGGUUCUGUGGGAAAUGACAUCUCGCUGCAAUGGUGUUGGAGUAGAAGUGAAAGACUAUGAGCCACCGUUCGGUUCAAAAGUGCGAGAACAUCCUUGUGUAGAAAGCAUGAAGGACAAUGUUUUAAGGGACAGAGGACGGCCUGAAAUUCCUUGUUCAUGGCUCAACCAUCAGGGUAUCCAGAAGGUGUGUGAGACUAUUGUUGAGUGUUGGGACCAUGAUCCUGAGGCCCGGCUGACAGCACAGUGUGUAGCUGAGAGGUUCAAUGAUUUUGAUUACCAAGACGGACUUUCAGGAAGAAGCAGCUCAGAAGAGAAGAUCCCUGAAGAAAGUUCGGGCAACAGCGCCAAGUAAGAGCUGGCAAGAUCAGAGGAAUGCUCAGCCUUGGAAUAAGAGGAAUCUUUACCAUUGGACCUACUUUCUAUGACCCUGAAGAGCUGCUUUUUCCUCCAUCCUGCAGCUCCAGACAACAGGAAUGACUUUACGGGGUAACCAUAAUGGGCCAUGUGCAGUGCCAUGGCAUAGUAGUUGCUUCCUUAAGUGUGCCAUAAGAUAAGUUAUGUUGGUGCUUCCUAAGAAAAUAGGACUAUAUUACAAUGCCAAUAACAAUUGCACUUUAUCAAGGUCUAUAUAUAAAGCUCAGCGCUAAAUAUAAAUAUAUAAAGCUGUGCUGAGAGUCUUCCAGAAAACUUCUAAUAGAUAGAAAAUUGCAAAUGUUUGCUAAGCAGUAUUGCCUUAUUCACCUCACUCAAACCAUAAAAACCUGUAGCUAACUACACUACAAAUAUUAUCAAUUGCUGUGCCUUUUUUUUCAGAGGAGGGGCAAAAAAACCCCAAAUGACAACUAGAAGAGUUUGGAUAUGUUUGAGCUUUUUUUAAAAAAAACUAUGACAUUAUGCAAUGGUAUUCAGCUGGUUCCUGAAUGUUUAAAAUUUAGAAUUUAUGAAUUACUGGACCAUUCACAGUCAGGAGUUUUGGUUUUUCUGUUGAAAUGUAGAAUUUGCAAAGGUUUUCUUCUUCUUUUUUUUUGUUCUUUAAUGUCGGCAAAAAAUUAUUAAUACCCCUCCCCUUCUUUCAACCUGCACUUCAUGUUCAUACUUCAUACUGACUACAGGUUUCUCUCCCCCCAACUUUCCCUUGGAAUUGGGCAGCAUCAAUUAUAAUUGCAACAGAUGUUUUGCAUUUGCCAUGCAUUCUGGAAAAAGUAGAUUCCUCCCUCUUUUUCUCCAUCCUUUUUGGAUCAAUAACAUCCUGUCUAGUUUCUUAAGCUCUUAAAUUCACUUGAUUUUGUGCCCAGAAGGAAUAGCAGAUGAAUUCCUUCCUGAGUUUCUAUGAUGCUUUGGCAAAAAUUUGUUCUGCACUCUGGGCAUGCAUUGCUUUUGGUUCUUGUAAUAUGCAUCAUAGCCAAUCCUGCCUGCAAUUAAUGCUAAGAAAUGCUAUACAUUCCUAAACUGAUCCCCACAGGCAAGGCUUGCAUUCUUUUAAGUCUUCCAAAAUAUUUAGAAUUGGAGCUGGCUUCAUCAGGAAUUUUAAAUGGCAGGGUUUGAAUUGUUUGUGCUUUCUUGCAAGAUAUGCAUUCUCCAACCUAGUUCCCUCCAGAUGUAUUGGACUGCAAACCUGUGAUAGCAGUGGAGUCCAACAGAACACUGGAAUGGUAAUGAGCCAUUUUUGAAAGUCAGCUACUAUUUUGUAACAGGACGCAUUCUUUCCUUUUGUUUUUCAUUUCAUUAGAAUUAGUCCAUGCCAGCCAGAAACAAUUCUUUUGGGAUGAAAGAUAUAUUACAAGUGCAAUUCUUUUUCACGUAGGAGAUAGGUGUUUUUCUAAGAACUCCUCUUUUGUGUAUCCAAUAGGGGAAAAAAGGUAUAUUCGUAUAGGAAUUUUUAAAACUUUAUGGGAUUUUUUUUAAAAAAAAUAAUUCUAUGUCUGCCAUUUGUGUUAAACAUUUUAUAAAUAUUUAAGCAUUAAGUGGACAGAGGCUCAACAAAAAGAAACCAGAUUUUAAAGUAACAUGCGACGUACUAAACUGGAGUUACUAGUAAGGCGGCUUUAGAAAAGUGUAAUGUUGAAUAGGGAUGGGAUCUGAUGACCUCUAGUGGUGGUUGCCUAGAAUAGCAGCAUGAAAAACAGCUACAUAGAAAGUAAAAAUCAGCUUUCUAUCAAACCGGAUGGGAGGGUGCAUCUGUGUCGCAUGCCUAAAUUGCUAAUUUUGUAGGCUACUUUAAAUGUUACUGCAUAUUGCUACCAUUUACCUCAGUAGUAAAUGUAAAUUUACCAUUUACCUCAGUAGUUCAGGUGUUCAGCCUGAAGGCCUCCAGUGCAACUCCCUGAAGUUGUUCUUGUAAAGUUGUCACCAGAUAGUAUUGUUUGAAAAGACAAAAUGAAUAGGCUGUCAAAUAUGUUGAAGAUAAAUAAUUUUACUUCAUUUAAAUAUAAGUGAAAUCAGUUGCCCUAAUUAAGGCAACUUUAAGGGAUGUAGACUCCAGAAUUCCCCAACCUAUUCAAGAGUUGAGAUCUGCCACUCUUAAAAUGAAGUUUCUCAGUGAUGAGGUACAUUGAUCUAAAAGAGGACCAAACAAAAUUAUGGGGAGAAGUAUAUUAAUGGAGAGUCAUGGCUAUAUGUUAUUUCAAGAUUCAGAAUAAUCUUAAAAAUCAUUUACUGGUGAGUCAUAGUGCAUACAGGAAGCUGCUUUCUUUGAUGAUUUCUCUGAAGCAACUAAUUCAGUGCUAAAUAAGAAGAAACAUGGGAGGCUUUCAUAGAUAAUAAGCCUCCUGAAAAGGCCAUCCGCUUCUAGACCUAUUUGUUUAGGAGAUUCAAGUAAGAUCAGUAUUUAAAUUGGCAGCCUAGACAUGCCUAGGUCUUCCUACUGAAGCUGAGAUAUGUUUGUCUGUCGUGAACUGGCAAAAACCUGAGAGAUCACUAAACUCCUGACAAUCCUUUACCUUUUUUGUAUUAGUAUAUUUAAAGAGAUUUAAAAAAAAAAUUCAUGAAAGAUUUUUAAAGUACAAUAUAUAUGAAAAUAGAAAUGUUUGCAUAUCUAAUCUCUUUAUCAGAUUUUUUUCAAGCACUUACCAUAUUUUUGUAUAAAUAAAUAUUGUACCCAA